AUGACGAGCGACCAUCAAUUGGUGGACGCCUUGCCGUACAUUGAUAUGGGUUUCGAAGAGCCGGGAGUGAGAGAAGCGGUGCUGGAGAUGGUGUCGGAAGAGACCCGAAGAUACAAAGCGACCAAAAACUAUUUGGACAACUUGUCUCAACUCAACCUCAAAGACUUCGAGACGGAUCUAAUGCGGACAGAGUUGGAGAGACUCCACAACCGGCAGCCGAUGGACAUGUUGUCGAUGAAGAGGUACGAACUGCCGGGUCCUCCGGCGGGAAAGAUGACCGACUUGUCCGCGUGGAACGAAUCCGUGGCCAACUCGAUGGCACAAUUGCAACACCAGUCCAUCAGAAUCGACAACUUGGAACUGAUGCAGAGGUUGGGCUCCGAGGGCUGGAAGCAGUACAACGAGACGUUGACACAAAUGCAGUCAAACGCUCAGAAGGACUUACAAGAGCUGCGGAAACACAUCCAAGAAGUGAAUUGGUUUCGCAAGAGCUCACAGAUGGCCGCCGGAGACAAGAUUAAGCACUUGGAGUCCGAGUGGGUGUCACUCGUGGCCAAGAAUUACGAGAUUGAGAGACAGUGUCUGCACUUGGAGUUAGAGAUAUCAGAAAUGGAGCGCAAACUGAAUGUUAAUCAUAACAAUGAAUCCAAUGUUGAGACAAACGAAGAAGAGAGUGACCAGAAAGACGAGUGA